GUCAUUCUAAUGCGACACAUCUUUGUCAGUGAACAAAAUGGCGUCCUACUGUUUGACUGUCACCCGGCUUCAGCUGGUCUUAGGACAGGGAGCCCGGCGGCUGCAUGUGUCGGCAGCCCUCAGCGCCAAGGCCAAGGUGGCCAUGAGCCGCUUCGAACCCGGCUCCAGCAUCAACUACGAGCAGCUGCGCACCAACAUCGACAUCGUCCGGAAGAGACUGAACCGACCGCUCACCCUGUCAGAGAAGAUCGUGUACGGGCACCUGGACGACCCGGCGGGGCAGGAUAUCGCGCGUGGGCGCACCUACCUGCGGCUGCGGCCGGACCGCGUGGCCAUGCAGGACGCCACGGCGCAGAUGGCCAUGCUGCAGUUCAUCAGCAGCGGCCUGCCCCGGGUGGCCGUGCCCUCCACCAUCCACUGCGACCACCUGAUAGAGGCCCAGGCCGGCGGGGCCCAGGACCUGCAGAGGGCCAAGGAAGUGAACCAGGAGGUGUACAACUUCCUGGCCAGUGCUGGAGCCAAGUAUGGAGUCGGUUUCUGGAAACCAGGCUCAGGAAUCAUCCAUCAGAUCAUUCUGGAGAACUAUGCGUACCCGGGCGUCAUGCUGAUCGGCACCGAUUCUCACACUCCCAACGGCGGCGGACUGGGCAGCAUCUGCAUCGGAGUGGGCGGGGCCGACGCCGUCGACGUCAUGGCCGGCAUCCCCUGGGAGCUGAAAUGCCCCAACGUGAUUGGUGUGAAGCUGACGGGCAGCCUGUCGGGCUGGACCUCCCCGAAGGACGUGAUUCUGAAGGUGGCGGGGAUCCUGACCGUGAAGGGGGGCACUGGGGCCAUUGUGGAGUACCACGGGCCCGGGGUGGACUCCAUCUCCUGCACAGGAAUGGCCACUAUCUGCAACAUGGGAGCAGAAAUCGGGGCGACCACCUCCGUGUUCCCCUACAACCACCGCAUGAGGACCUACCUGGAGAAGACUGGCCGCGGAGACAUCGCCGCCCUGGCUGAGGAAUACAAAGAGGACCUGAUUCCGGAUCCCGGCUGCCACUACGACCAGAUCGUGGAGAUCAACCUGAGUGAGCUGAAGCCCCACAUUAACGGGCCCUUCACCCCCGACCUGGCACACCCUGUGGAGGACAUCGGGGCAGUGGCUGAAAAGAACGGGUGGCCCCUUGAGGUCAAAGUGGGUCUGAUUGGCAGCUGCACUAACUCCAGCUAUGAGGACAUGGGCCGCGCCGCCUCGCUGGCCAAGCAGGCGCUGGACCACGGGCUCAAGUGCAAGGCCCAGUUCACCGUCACGCCCGGGUCCGAGCAGAUCCGCGCCACCAUCGAGCGGGACGGCUACGCGAAGAUCCUGAGUGAUGUGGGGGGUGUGGUUUUGGCUAACGCCUGUGGACCCUGCAUUGGACAGUGGGACAGGCGUGACGUGAAGAAGGGCGAGAAGAACACCAUCGUCACGUCCUUCAACAGGAACUUCACCGCCAGGAACGACGCCAACCCUGCCACACACGCCUUCGUCACCUCCCCUGAGAUCGUCACUGCCCUGGCCAUCGCCGGCACCCUCAAGUUUAACCCGGAGAAGGACUUCCUGACUGCGGCCAAUGGGGAGAAGUUUAAGCUGGAGCCGCCCACGGGCGAUGAGCUUCCCGCCCGAGACUUCGACCCGGGACAGGACACCUACCAGCACCCCCCCAAGGACGGCGGCACCCUCCGCGUGGACGUCAACCCCCAGAGCAACCGCCUGCAGCUGCUGGAGCCCUUCGACAAGUGGGACGGGAAGGACCUGGAGGACCUGCAAGUGCUCAUCAAGGUAAAAGGUAAAUGCACCACAGACCACAUCAGCGCCGCCGGCCCCUGGCUCAAGUUCCGCGGUCACCUGGACAACAUCUCCAACAACCUGCUGAUCGGCGCCGUCAACAUCGAGAACGACGGCAUCAACAGCAUCCGCAACCAGCUGACUGGCGAGUACGGCGGCGUCCCCGACGUCGCCCGCCACUACAAGAAGAACGGUUUGCAGUGGGCAGUGGUCGGGGAUGAGAACUACGGCGAGGGCUCCAGCAGAGAGCACGCCGCCCUGGAGCCCCGACACCUGGGGGGCAGAGUCAUCAUCGUCAAGAGCUUCGCCCGGAUCCACGAAACCAACCUGAAGAAGCAGGGGCUCCUCCCCUUAACCUUUGCCGACCCCCACGACUACGACAAGAUCCGCCCUGACGACAAGAUCUGCAUCAAAGGCCUCAAAACGUUUGCCCCGGGAAAGCCUCUGACAGCGGUGAUCAAGCAUAAGGACGGGAGUCAGGACACCAUCGAGCUGAACCACACCUUCAACGAGACGCAGAUCGAGUGGUUCCAGUCCGGCAGCGCCCUCAACAGGAUGAAGGAGCUGCAGCACUGAGUGGGCAGAGCCCGGAGAGGAGCUGUUGAUACAGAAAGGGGGAGGGGCCACACCUCACAGAGGAAGGUGUUAUGACCCAAGGAUGUGGAGAAAGCAUGAGAAGCCACACCUCUCUCGUACAUUCACACACGCCAGUUCAAACCUUCCACUCCUGACAUUAACUGAAUAGGCAACACACUUUCAUGUACACACAUGUGAAUGUACACACACACACACACGCACACACACACAGGGAGAGAUUCAUGCCCAUACUCGACGCUUGCUAGGUGCCGCUUGUUAAAACGCGUGUGCUUCUGUUCUUAGACGGGGAACUACCCGUUUUUCAGGUGUAAAUGUUAAGUUCAUUUUUUGUAUAGAAGAAACACCCGUACUUGAAAGUCAGACAUAAUUGUGCACGUCGCGAAACAACGGAGAGAGCGUUACUGAGCGCAAAUAUAACCAUACCAACACUCCUCGGCACUGAUUUUAGGAUCACUCCAAUGCUGUCAUGACUCUGGAUCUCAAACUGAAGUCACACUGUUCACAUUGGCUGAUGUGUGACGUUUAUACUCACUCCUUCUCUCUAGAUCAUAGGCUCAUAGUUCAGUGUAAGCUACAUGGUGCCCAGUGACAGACGGCACUCCAGACUUCCCCUUGUGUGUGUCAUGAAUUCUGCUGUGUUACAGCACACACACACACGUACACACACACACACACACACACACACACACACACAGAGGCACAGGCACGUCAGUAUUUUAUUAUCAGUUCCAGAACGUACAGAACCAUUUCUGACAGUUCCCCUCUCCCCACCUUUAUUUACUGAUCCCUAGAAAGGUCAAUAAUAUUCCCAUGUUUUAAAGAGAGACAUUUAUUUAUAUGUAUUUUACUGAGCAGUGAAAUAUUGAUCAGAUUUUUCUUGUCUAGUGCUUUACAGUUUUGGUGAAGAAACUGCAGUUUGAAUCCCUCUUCUGUCCCAGUGAAAACCCUUUUUUGUAGGGUUCUGUAUUUGCAUUUUUGUUACCAGCCAAAUCCAGCUCAAGUAAAAAGCGGAGAGAGACAUGAGACGCUAGCUGCACAGCGCCCCCUGUAGGUUGGGUCCUGCAGUCUCCGAUUGUUGUAUUUUGGGGCAAGUCAUCUCUCUUCACUUUUAAACCUAUUAAUGUGGUUUUGUGAGAAUGAGGAAACUCUCAACCCCAAACUUCUGUGAGUCCAAAUGCAAGGAAACUGAGGACAUAUCCCGCUGUGCAGUGCUAAUCUUAUUGCUAUCUCUCUCUAUGGCACACAUGCACACACACUCACACACACACGUGCAUACACACAUGCAACCACUCCUCACUCUCUGGAGUCCAGUCUCCGCCUCUCACUCCACAGUUCAUUGCAUUUCAUUAUUUGUUUCUCCUUUAUUUAUGUUGUUUUUUUUCUCAACACUCCGCUCCAUAGGCCAGAACUGAGCUUUUGCCCACUGAAGUAGGUUGUGACAUAGUGACAUUUCAGCAAAUGGAACCCUUUCUGCUUGUCUGCCUGCCUGUGCGUGCGUGUGAACAAGCGAGCGAGAGAAACCUGUGAAGUAGAAUCUGUUCUGCCUGUCCAGCCAUUUUUGUCUCCUACGUGUGGCUCUCUUUUAUGAAACGGAUCCUCUCCCAGUGCCUGUCCUGUCAGUCUUGGAAUUACCCUCUGUGAAAAUGCUGGGGCUGUAGGAUAGUUCACCAUGUCAGGAAGUUGUCUUUUAAAAAAAAAUAUAUAUAUAUAUAUACGCACAAUCUAGUGUACAGGGGCCUAGACGUUACUGAUGUUUAGUAUGUACAGGAUCUAUGGUACACAGUCUUCUACACAUCACACUUUCCUUGAUACAAUCUUUAAAAUUGGCGUUUGAAAAAUGUGCAUAAAUCAUUACAAGGGCAAGUAUAGUGGCGUAAGAAAUGGGUUGUUGAUUUUGAAGUUAGCUUGGCCCUGCUUGGAUUUUGUCUCGACCCUCAAAUCCUCACUGUUGUGAAACUGUAACAUAGAAUGUGUGAAUAUGUAGACAGUGGAGAUGUAGAUGAAUCGAUAUGUUACGGCGUUCGGCGCGCUAACCGGCCUAUGCACACGCCACGGGCAGGAUGUGUGGGGUACUUUGGCUGAGCGGCGUGUGUGUAUAUUGGGGAAAGAGGUGCUGACGGCUACCAGUUUGUGGUAACGGGUCCUCGUUUAUGAGAGCAACCGACAGAGGUACAGUCUCCAGUUGAAAAGCCGGACUUUGCGGUCCAUUGUUUCUGUUCAGAUGAGUGCCCAGCCCAGCUGUGCUCUGUAUCUUGACAAGGAAAUGACCGCAUUGCUGGUUGAAAUCACUCUAGUAUAUUGGUGGGUGAACUGAAUGGUCAAGUCUAGGAGUUUGAGCACUUAAAACUCCAUCGCCUCUGGUGCUCCUACUCUGCGGAAUACAGUGCAACUAUUUUCCUGUGGUUCAUGAUACUAAUUUCUGCCCAAAAAGGUGGAGGGAACGACGAAGGCAGCUGUUUUGUUUUAUUUCCACCGUGUUUCCAUAGAUCUCUGAGAUGGAAAUGGUUUGAGUCACCUCUGUCAUUGAUGAUGGGUUGAUGCAGUUCAAUCAAAUUUAUUGUUGUACAUCAGAAUCUGUCAGAACAAUCCCUCGUGUAAAUUUUCCCAGAGUUAAAAUGGUAAAAGCAUUAAAGCCCUCUAAACAGAAGUUUGUAAUAAAUGGCUCCCUCAUGAUCUGUCUUUUGCAAUUAUCGCCAAAGAUGCCUCAUAGUCCUGCUUUGAACGCUUAACAAAAUGCAAAAAUAAAAACCUUUAAAAAAAUAUGACAAUAUUUUUGGUUUGCUUAUGCCCUUAAAAAAUUGAUACUUGGUAAUUGUGUAAUAGUGUAACUGUGAUUAGUGAAUGUAAGUACUACCAAGAUAAUUCUAACAGUACUUUAUGUUGCUGAAUGCUUUAUCUAAUUUAUACCUGUUUCAAAGUGCUUUUGACUGCCUCUGAGGUUUGUGAUUUGCUUUCAGUGUAGAACUGAAUCUGCUUCUGUGCAUCAUAACACAUACAGAUAACAUCCUCAUAUGCCCAUAUGCUAAUAUUAUGAUGUUACACAAUGCAAGAUACUGUUGCCAUCUGGUUUGAAUCUGUGUUUCUGCUGUAUAAUCACAUAAUAGAAUGCCAUGUAGAUUUCAGAGGAGUACAAUCUGUGGGCUUCAGGUGAACAGAAUAUGACAUCUGUUCAUGACAGUUAACAGCUAAUUAUCUACUCUGUGUAAUUUAAUAAUUUUUGGGUAUAAAUUUGAUUUAAAACUUUUCAGAAAAUUGAAGUGAUUUCCAAAAGUCUCUUUUUUCUAUUCAUAGAAGUAUGACAGAUGGCUGUCUCCAGAAAUCUAUUUCUGGCAUUUGCAUUGUUAUCUCUAGAUUUUGACACUCUCCACUGUUUUCAUCUCGUUUUGAUUUGAAUAAUUUGAUUUUAUAAAGUGGUGGGACAGAGGAUUGGGAGUUUUUCAGUUUGCAAGAAUGAGAUUUGACUUAUCAAAAGUGAUUAAAUAUUUAUCAAAGAA